AGCAUCUCUACUUAUCUUCCUCUCUCUAAAAUAAAAGAAUUAAAAUUGUUAUUAUUUUUUCUUUAGUUCAUGCAAAGUUGCCAAUCUUUAGCAAUGGAGAUGGAGUCAUCAGCAAGUCAUCAAGAGAUCAAGAGAGCUGGGCUGUUGACACGUGCAUGGGGAUGUUUCAAGGGCUUGAUCGGUAACUUGAAGAACAAGGUGGUGAACACUGCAAAAAGUGUAAAAAAACUUGGAGAAGAUGAUCCUAGAAGAAUUACUCAUUCUUUAAAAGUUGGAGUUGCUGUUACAUUGGUGUCCUUAUUGUAUUUUUCAAGAACACUUUAUGAUAGUUUUGGAGUUGCUGGAAUGUGGGCCGUUUUGACUGUGGUAGUAGUUUUUGAAUUCACUGUAGGUGGAACAUUGUUAAAGAGUUUGAAUAGAGGAUUUGCAACACUAUUAGCUGGUGCUUUAGGAGUUGGAGCUCAUCACUUGGCAAGUCUUUUUGGGAACAAAGGAGAGCCUAUAGUUAUUGGGAUUCUUGUUUUUCUUUUAGCUUCAGCAUCUACAUUCAGUAGAUUUAUUCCAAAGAUAAAAGCAAGAUAUGACUAUGGAGUGUUGAUAUUCAUAUUGACAUUCAGUUUAGUUUCGGUGUCGGGUGUUCGAGUUGAUGAACUCGUAGAAGUAGCUCAUCAAAGACUAUCAACAAUCAUAAUUGGUGGAGCUGCCUGUAUUGUUAUAUCCAUCGGAAUUUGUCCGGUUUGGGCCGGUGAAGAUCUUCACAAAUUAGUUGCUUCCAACAUUGAAAAACUUGGAAACUAUCUUGAAGGUUUCGGAAAAGAAUAUUUUGUAGAGGAUGGAACAGAAGAUGAGAUUAAGACUAAAAACAAGUCAUUUCUUGAAGGAUAUAAAAGUGUUCUCAACUCUAAAUCUGCAGAAGAUUCCAUGGCAAAUCUUGCACUCUGGGAGCCUAGACAUGGAAAAUUUGGGUUCAGGCAUCCAUGGAAACAAUACUUGAAGAUUGGAGCUAUUUCAAGACAAUGUGCUUACCAUAUUGAAGCUCUUAAUGGCUGCAUUAACUCUAAUAUCCAAGCACCAGAAGAAUUCAAGAGUAAAAUUCAAGAACCAUGCAAAAAAAUGAGUGAAGAAUCAGGCAAGGCAUUGAAAUUACUAUCUUCAGCAAUUAAAACAAUGACUGAUCCAUCUCCUGCAAAAAUACAUGUAGACAACUCAAAAACCGCCAUUAAUGAACUCAAAAUUGCUCUCAAAUCUUGUUCAUUAGACCAUGAUGACUUACUAAUAAUAGUACCAGCUGCCACGGUUGCAUCAACCCUAACCGAGAUUGUCCAAUGCGUCGAUAAAUUAUCCGAAUCGGUCCAUGAACUUGCUAAUUUAGCUCAUUUCAAGAUUGUCGAAGCAACUGUUUCGCCCGAGAAACCUCAAUUACUUCACCGUGGAACGGUAAAUCCCGUUCUUGACCGCGGUGAUGAUCAUGUUGUUAUUACAAUAGAAGGAACGGAUUCGCCGGAAAAUAAUCAUGAUGACAAAAAUCAGGCAACCAAAAUGCCUAGCCGCCAAAAUCUUCAAGUGUAAAUAUUUUGUUACAUAAUAUUUACUAUAUAACAUGUGAACUAAUUUUUUAUGUACUAUAGUUCACUGUUAAUGGUAAAAAUUUAUUUACCCUAGUGUAGCUAGUUUCACAACAUCUCUGUGAUAGAAGAGGGGGGAAAUUAGGUAUUAGAGAAAAAAAUUUCCCGUUGUUUUCAUGAAUUUAAUUUCUUGUAAUAUUUUGAAGGAAGUGCUCUUCCUAUUGAUAAAUAUGCAG